CCGUGCCCGUGCCCUCCAGCAGUAGUGGCAGCUGACAAAAUGGACCUCAUCAUGUCGCAUAGUGACCCCCUGAAAACUGAGCUCUCUACUCCAGAUGGCCGCGUCCUCUACUCAGUCUCUACACCGUUCAAGCUGUCAAACUGCACGACGAAAAUCUUGAAAUAUACGCCCAACGAUGGCGUGCCUGAGCCUUCGGGGAGCAUGCAGGAGGUCGCAAGGAUCAACUGGCACUCUAUUCAUCCUACUAGAAUUAUAUACAACGGACAGAUCAUGGAAGUCGACAAGUUUCUACCGAGAGCAGGGAGGUUUACCGACUCCCGCACUUUUGUGGGCCCAGACGGCCGAACAUACAAAUGGGAGUUAAGCCGGGCAUGGCAUCUCGACGUGGACGGGGAACAACCCACGACUGUCGUUAAGUACCAUUAUGAUAACAUCUUCACCCGCAAGAAGGCGAGGCUGGAGGUCGACGCAUCCGCACUGGAUAUCCUGGACCUCAUCGUCGUAACAUGGAUCUACAUGGAGAAGACUUUGAGAGACACGAUAGCCGCUGCGUCUGCAGCCUGAAGGGGCUGUUCGUGGUUUCAUAUACCAGAAUUGCACAUGUAUCUAGCAGCGAUCGUGUAAAUUAGCAAGCCUACCCAUCCAAUACCGUCAUCUACACGCUAUCUGCCUUGAAAUUCACAUAAUUG